CGUUCUUUCCCGGCGACAUGGAUCAUACAAAGUUGUGUUUUGGGAUAAAUUUAUUUCAACCUUCUGACCAUGGAUUUGCAAUAGACUUGUUUAUACAAAAGGAAAGAGAUAUCCACCGGAUUAGCUCUGUGCCGUCUUCAUAGAAAUCACGAAAAAUUAACCACUCCUACCUAAGGGAAUUCCGAAUCUACUGCACGAUGAUAUGGUAAGCUACCCUGCGCACAGAGUCUCCUUCGAUCUUCCUAGAGAAGUCAGGAAGAGGAAGGAACCUUCCUCUUUCCCGACUUAUCUAGGAAAGAUCGAAGCGACCCUGCUAGCAGUGUAAUGGUAAGCCACAUCGGUAAUGGUUUUGCACAAACAAUAUUUUCUUUUGUGACUAUUGUCUUUAUCUUAGAAAAGGAAAGUAGAAAGUAAUUGAUUCGGGAAUUUAAAAUCAAUACUUUGACUAUACAAUACUUUGUUAGGAACGUUAUAUCAACAGAUCGUCGGAAGAUCCAAUGAUCGAAAUUUUCUGACACCAUCUUGAAUUGUUCACGCGAGAUAUACUCGCGAAAACGCGAACUAAGAAUUAUCACGUGAUAGUUGUUGGUGAUUGUGAUUGGUUAUUUUGAAGAGCUUGCUCUUUGGCGGUUACCUCAAAUUAACCUUGCGAUCGGCUUGCAAUCUCGGGAAGAUGGCGGCUGAAUCAGGGAGCCCGUUGAAGGUAAGGAUAAUCGUUUUAUUCGACCCAAGCGAUUAUUUUCAAAGGACUGAAGGGCAGUUGAAUGUUUAAGCUGUAAAGUAUAAAAGAUCGGGUGUUACAAAUGCACGUUUGAUGGAGUUUUUUUUACCUAGGAGAUGAGUUUGCUUUUGACACGAUCGACGAUACGUCUUAGGAAUUCCUUUUUGUCCCAAUAUUUUACCGUUGUUUUUCGUUAAAGGGCCGCGAUUGUUAACUUCUUUGGUAGAUAACCGACCAAAGCAAAGAUCGAAGCCAGUGACUAGGCAGGAAAAGGAUAGCUAAUCGUGAUAAAAGCUCCUUCCUAUUUUCCCGCCAUUUUGAAUCGCUCGCAUCUAUCACCGCAUUUGCUUUUGCAAGCUCAUUUAUAAAGUAAGACUAGUAGGGAUUGGUGCUAUUGGUGCGCGGUUUAUGUCUAAGAAUGUAUGUGUUUUAAUUGUGGUGUAACUUUCCGGUCGUAAUUUGCAUCAUUGAUUGGCAAAAGGUAAUUCAUUCCAAUACUUCCAUGUGUACAUUUAUAUGAUGUCCUGAAAAUGGCCCAGUUUGUUGCUCUGUGUAUUUUUUUUUUAAUAAACAAGAACAUCUAGAUCUUCGCCGCAAUACCAUGUGCCGGUACAGCCAAAACUUUUAUAAUGAUCAGUAUAAAUGGAGCCUAAAAAUAAACAUAAAUAAAAGCUCACUGCACAUACCUUUAACUAAACGUUUCCUUGCUUUUUCUGGCCAGUUUCAAUGGCUUGAAUGUAAGGGCUGGCUUCAGGAUAAAGGAUCAAUCUUCACACAAGGGCUAUGAAUUCCCAAAUAAAUCGACUAAUCUGUUCCAAAUAAUUGUGAUCAGCUAAACUGUAGGUACCACUUGUGCUCUGGUAUCUUGCUUGAUGGCUUCCAAAACCCAUUGCAACUGCACAAUAAUCACUGGUUCAUCAAAAUUAUACUUAACGUUUUCACUCUGCCAUGAGCUGAUGUAGCAGAUAAGAUUACUAUGAAAUUUGAAUGCUCAAUCUUAGUGACUGCUUCCCUGAUUCUACUGUUUCCUUCAUAUGUUACAGUUUCUGAUAAGGUAAGUUUAAUUUGCAUUAGACCAUGUUUUAAGCAAUAGAAAACAUUUUUUGUGUUUGCAGAGCCUGAUAUAAACACAAGAGGGGUUAGGAGAAUUCAAGACAGUUACGCAAACCCUUGACUUCAUCUCGGGUUUGCAUAACUUUCACACCUGUACCACUUCUGUUGGCUUGUAUUAUCUGGAAAUUCUUCUAUGCUGUUUCUAAUUUAAAGUACUCAAAAACAUUUCUUGCAGGAGAUAAUGAAUGGAGAAAAUGCUGGUAACAAUGCAUUUGCAACAAAGAAAAAGAAGCGAAUGUCAGUGGAAAGAAUCUACCAGAAGAAAACUCAACUGGAACAUAUUCUGUUACGUCCUGACACAUACGUUGGUUCUGUUGAGCCAAUUAAACAAGGCAUGUGGGUUUAUGACGAACAGCUGUCAGCGAUUGUCAGUAAGGAUAUAACAUAUGUGCCUGGUCUAUACAAGAUUUUUGAUGAACUGUUAGGUAAGUGACCUAUCAAUAGUUAACAAUUAUUGAAUGAGGCUGAGUAUCAUCUAAAGAAUUAUGGAGAUCUUGGAGGGUGUUAUGCAUGGCCAAGGUGGAUAAAACCCUCCUCAAUGUCCAUAAUUCUUCAGAUGAUACGAAAAUCUGAAAUCAAUAAUUUUUUUAUUAUUCAUUCAAAAUAAUUCCAAGUUUGAAAACAAGCUAAAACAUGCUUUCCUCCAUCGAUGUUAAGUUCGUCGUCAAUAGUGCAUGCUUUUUGGCAAAUGUAGGAUAUAAAGGGGUGUUCAGGUCUGCAAAUAUUCUCCAAAUAGCAGAUGUUGUCUGUUGAGUUGUGUUCUUGUUGUUCUUGCUAUGUUUUUAGCCAACAGUUCUUCCUAUUAGUGAAAUGUUCCGCCAUUUUCUAGUCACUAUCAAAACAACUCAACCUCAUCCCCAGGUCUUCUCACUUAAUGAUUUAAAUAAUCUGGCAAUUUUGCCGCACGAUGGACAUCAUUUUUCACGUGAUAUUAUUGCAAAAUACUUCCAAAUUUGGUCAACAAUAGCUGGUUCUGAUAAAUUAUGCAUGGACUUUUAGCCAAUCAGAAAUGGAGAAAUAUUCAGAAUGAAUAAUAAUGCUAAGAAUGGGGUUAGGAGUUUGUUUUAAUCUUGAUUAUUUUGUCCUUAAAAUACUUCCGACUGUGCUUAUAACAGUCGUGUGGUCUUAUGCAACUAGUCCUGUACACUGUACACAGGCUGUAGCUAAUGAUAAGUGUACAUUGCAUUUGUUGGUUGUAGUUCAAUGCCUUGUUUAAAUUAAAUUUUCACGCAUUACCUAGGUCCACUGUAUUUACAUUUAUUUAUUUAUUUAUUUAUUUAUUUAUUUGUUUCAGUCAAUGCUGCUGAUAACAAGCAGAGGGAUCCCGCCAUGGGAUGCAUUAAAAUCACCAUUGAUGCGUAAGUGAAGCUUUGAGCUGUGGUGGUCUUUUAAACAUAAACUCAGAUUACAGCAGCACAAUCUAGUUCAUCACAAAAAAUACAACAGUUCUAUUAUUUCUGCAGGCAAAGGUUUAAGCAGACUGAAAAAAAUUACCACUGUACUGCCAAAAAAAUUACUACUGAGACAUGACUGACUGAUUAAUUUACAUUGUACUGUACUGCUUUUCGAGCACAUUUUUGUUGUGCAACUUUUCGCAGUAUCCAGAUACCUUGUUCAUGUGCAAGAGAGAAAAACUUGUGGAUGAAAAAUAAUGUAAUCUGCCCAUAAUAACAAGUACAAUGUAACAAGGAUGUUAAAAAUUAGUGUCUCUUAUAGCAAGUUAGAGUCUAGCUGCAUUGUUUAUCAAAACUGCGUUCUAAGGCAUUUUCAUUCUACUAAAUGUUUUGAUCUAGGCACCAUUCAUCUUGACCAGUAACUUUCUUGAAAGCAUACAGCGUAGUCCAUAAAGGCACUUUUUCUUCUUAAAAUUACCCACUUAGAAAAAGAUCUGGAGGUCCAAUGACUUCUUAUACCACAGCCUAAGUUAGUCUUUGUUCAAAUAACCGACUGUUAGUAUCUUUGAUAAUGCAGCUUCUUUUUUGAAGUAUUUUGUUCUGGUUAUUAAGUUUCUGCUUUUCACUUAAAUGUAGUGAAAACAAUACAAUCAGUGUUUGGAAUGAUGGACGAGGUAUUCCAGUUGAGAUGCACAAGGAGCAGAAAGUUUAUGUACCCACAUUAAUUUUUGGCCAUCUUCUGACUUCUUCUAACUAUAAUGAUGAUGAAAAGAAAGUAACAGGCGGACGCAAUGGCUAUGGUGCGAAGCUCUGCAACAUUUUCAGCACAAAGUUUGUUGUGGAGACAUGCUCAUCUGAUUCUGGAAAAAAAUUCAAGCAGGUACUAUCAUACAUAUAUAUUCAAGCAGGCAUUAUCAUAAUAUACAGGUACAAGUACUUCUUCUAAACCUAUGCAUGGCUUUCAACAAGACGCUUUACCCACGGGUACAUUUUCGUCUUCUGUGAAUAGCAUAUAAUUUAUUUAUUAUCAUUAUGAUUCACCUCCUUCAAUGUAGAGUACAUAAGGACUAUUAUUAUUCAUUCAAAAUAUUUGGCUGUUUUGUGGCCUUAUACUCACAGCUACAGUAGUACAAGAUGUAGUUCUCCUAACCUGCUGGAGCUGAACAAAUUUAGAAGUUGCAGGCGAUUACAAUCAUUGAUACCACACAAGAGAAGCUUACAUGUAGGCCUGUUUCAAAGGUGCUUCUUCUGUGCUGAACUCAGUGUUCUCCUCAUCAGGCGGAAACCGGUAACAUUUACCGUCUGAAGCAACACUUCUUACCGCCUGCAACCGCUUGAAGCUUUACUAAAAUUAAAUAAGUUGUUUUAAAAAAUACGUAAGUUGUGAUUUGAUCCGAUCAAGGUAAUGAACAAAUAUAUGGAAGUGUACUAAAGUAUACACAGCCUUUCUAGAGCAUUGAAGACAGUGUAAUAUUAUUGGAAUCAAACGUUUUUUAGUGUUGUCUAAAAAUAACAACAGCUGGUUUACAUAAAAUAGGUCUUAAAUGAGGGAAUGACAUUUCAGAGAACUUAGCACCUAAAUUUCACAGCAAGGUCAAAGCCAUGUCCCCCACUCCACUACCUCCCUCCCACAAGUAAGUGCGCUUCUGGCACACAUUUUUUUUUUCGCCUUACCGCCUAUGAACGGUCCCUUACCUGCUGAACAAAAAUUUAGGGAGAACACUAUGAACUCAGUUGAUCAAAUUAAACUUGACUUAAGCACAACAGCAGCACAACAUCUAAUACCAAGUCAUGCCACUACCUUGUAGCCUCAUUCAAUAUAAUAUUAUUGUUAAAUAAUUUCUCUCGUGCCUUGCCUACAGGUACAGUUACAUGUACUGCAGCUUUCUCUGACACCUCCUGCACAUCAAAAGUUAUUAACGCCCUGUGCAUGUAUAUAAUGAUAUCUUGUAAAAUGAAUGUAAAAAAUUGUUUUUUCACACAGUACGGAGUGUACUGUAUACAUUUCAUGCACAGGGUGUCAGCUUUUCUACUGUAAUAAUUUAAAAGUUCCAUUCAGGAUCUCUUUCAAACUAGCAAUGCUUCAAACGAAGCAAAAAAAUAAAUAAAUGAAGUGAUACAGUAAAAACCCGCAACUAAGAACCUACAUUUUUAGGAGUUAGCCUGAACAGGUUCUUAUAUAAAUGGUAGUUAACAGAAUUUUUAGGCUAUUUAGGUUCUUAAAAUGGGUUCUUAAUCCUGGAGAAAAAAACAAUUAAAACACAGCUGCAAACAAGUUGGUCAUUAGCUUAUACUUUUAUUUUCUUCAGCCCCACCCCACCCUCCAAAAAACAUAUCUUGCACUCAUUUUCAACCCUCCAAGUUGCGACCAUUUUAGUCGCCAUGGCGCCUAAAAUUUUGGAACUGGCGACUUGAUUUCGAGAAUAGUCGCCAAGCUGGCGACCGUGCAGAAUAGGUUCGUGUUGGCGUAUAGAAACAGAAAUGGCAAUCACUUCUACUGAAAUAUGAAGAACAUUUAUUCUAGCUGAUUUGAAUUCUUUUACUUUUUUACUUUUCCGUUGAAAAACAUGCUAAAUUGAAAACUUAAAAAAAUCUCAGAGCUUAGCGUUUUGAAAAUGAACAUCAAUGAAACUUGACUUGCAUUCGUUUGCCAAAUCGCCUUCAGUCUGUUGCCUUGCACGUGACAUUUUAACUUUUGACAUGUGACAAAUGGCACACACUCGAAGCACCUUGCUUGUUGACAGUGACGAUUUCUUCGAUAUCUUAGGAAUGCUUGUCAAGCCAAGUUCGGUGGUUUUUUAACUGGACUACAUAUUACAAAUAUUUUUGAAUCAAUACUGAAACAAUCUAAUAACAUGAAGAGGGAAAGCUAAAUUGGUGCAAAUUCAACACAGAACAUUAUGUGAUAACUGUAACAUGUGAACCGUGCUGCGAGUUGAAUCGCGGUUUUGUAAACAAAAGCGAUAAAUGUAAGCGAAACUAAACAUCGCAAAACUGGUUGCAAAAAAUGGUUUUUUAAAACACCUGUAGCGAUGAUAAAGGAAAAAGAAAAUUUUUAUUUUUUAAGCGGCAUUUUUGUUUGGGUUCCUUUCAAUUGAUUGGGAAAAAAAUUUUUUCCCAGUACAACUCGUUGCGAAAUUUCCACGUAUCUCUAUAAAGCAAUGAUUUGAUUUACAAAACUUGUUGAUCUUCCUAUACUCUCCUGCCUUUUUCAGGCUUUCGCGAUGUCUAGCGAUAUUAAAAACAACCUUUUAAAUCUCCAAAAAUAUUUGAUAGUUGGGGAAACAAGUUCAUCAUCAACAAAAGUCGCAAAAGAAAUGCGAAACAAAUAUCAGAAAAAAAAAAGAUAGGUCGCCUAUCAAGUUGCGACUGGGAAAUUUUGAACACAUUAACAGAGGAUGAGUUAAGUUCUGCUCUCAUAUACCAACUGGGGAUUAUACAGAAGGAUUGAAGGUUCCAAAGACAACUGGAAAUGGUAAUUGUCUUUACAAUUCCGUUUUCAGACUAUCAGUAACUAAUGCCUUGCACAAUAAACGAGUAAUUUAUAGACAGUGCUGCAUUUUAAGUUAAACUUGCUAACUGCUUUUGUUGAUGACAAUUUUGAUAUAUUAAUUUAUUAAUAUAAUUUGGAGCCUAAAAAUUUCCCCUGGCGACUAAACCCAAAGAGCUGAUCGCCAAAUGGCCACUGAACAAAAAUUUUAACUUUGAGGGUUGAUUUUCCUUUAAAAAAACAUUUUUACAACAAUGGCACUCUGCUUUUUUUGCUUCAAAUAUGAUUCUUGCAAUGCAGCUGUAAUGUACUAGUAUGAUUUUAGAAAAUAAGAACCUGUUUUAAAUUUCUUGGGCUAAAUAGGUUCUUGUUUAUAGGGGGUAUAAAAUGACCAAUUUUAGGCUGACAGGUUCUUAAUAAUAUAUUGUUAGGUUCUUAGUUGCGGGUUUUUACUGUACUAGUGAGUACUUAAGGAUUAUGUGUGGAAGUAGAAAUAGUUGUACAAGUCUACCAAACUAAUAAUCAGAGUCGUUACAUUUAAGGGUACUUUUGUUUUUGUUUGGUCUACUUUUGAUUUUAGACCUGGACUAAUAACAUGGGUAAAGCUGCAGAACCAAUCGUGAAGGAUUUUAGUGGUAAAGAUUUCACCUGCAUUACAUUUAAACCUGAUUUGGCCAAAUUCAAGAUGGAAAGUCUCGAUAGCGACACUAUCUCACUGCUGGCCAGGAGGGCAUAUGAUGUUGCUGGCUCUGUCAGAGGGAUUGCAGUUUAUCUUAAUGGAAAGAAACUACCAGUAUGUUUGUAAUUCAUGUAUUGAAUGCUUGUGAUUGAUGCCAUAUCCAUACCUGCUUUGGGGCCCAAUUGUUUGAAGGCCGAUUAGCACUAACCUUUCUCUGUUAUUCUUGGAGCAUCCAGUCAUCAAAUUGUUGACAAAAAGAAUUAAUCUGUAUUUUUUGUUAAGCUCUCUUAUCGGAAGUUGCGUUUAUUCCCUUCCGCGUGCUUUCCCUUCGUCAACCCAGUCUGUUUCUAAAUCAGUGUAGUAUACAAAUGGCAGCUUAUAACUUUAGCCACAGCAAUGCAGGGUUGUCAAAAGUAGCUGGCUGACGGCGAAAACUGCUACUGACAUGUACUUGGUUAGUAUUGGACGGCUACUCUGCUUGGAAUUUCUUUACAGAUGGCAUUUUUAAUCCCUGGACUGGCCGCUUACUCUGACAACUCAGUGGUCUAAUUCAAAACUUUCUGACAACUCUGGCAGUGUGCAGUGGCUUACUGGACACUGCUGAAUAGAGCCACAAUGUCAUGUGCACUUGUCUAUUUUCAUUUUGUUCUGAAUAGAUCAAGUCUUUCAAAGAUUAUGUAGGACUUUAUUUGAAAGCCAGAGAUGAUGAAGAAGAAUUAGCUGAUGAUGAAGAUAAGAAGAAGUCACCUAAUUCUGUUGUACAUGAGGUGGUAAACAAACGCUGGGAGGUUUGUGUCACAACAAGUACAAAAGGAUUCCAGCAAGCCAGCUUUGUUAAUAGCAUAGCUACUACUAAGGUAUAGCAGCACAUUAAACAUCUUAUGAUAAUUAUUAUUCUUAUCAGCGUGCAAAGAAAGUAGUGUCCAAGAGCACGUGGCUAGUGGAUUUUACUAUCGGGCUAGUGGAUUCUGUUCUUAACUUGCCCGCCUAGCAAGUGAAAUUUUUUAAUGGAUUCUAAUCGCAAAAGAACUGUAUCAACCCUGCUCAUCAUCGGGCUAGUUAAAAUAACUUUUGGGCUAGUACAUGUUAACUACAGCUUGCACGAAUGGCAAGCUGUAAAACUGAGUUUCUUUGCACCCUGAUUAUGUUGAUGUUUUGUUUAUAUGUGAUCAGAACAAAAUCAGCAUAGCUGUUGAGGUUUGUUUUUGUUCCAAAAAAUCAAACAAACAAAGUUAAGGUAAUUAGGGAAGUGAUAAAAAAAAAUAAUUCUGGUGUAUAUGACAUAGAUGGACUUUCAUUGUAUGUCACAGGAUUUGACGUAAGUGCUAGCUCAGUCGCCAAUGUGAGUGUGAAAGUCUAUCUUUGAGUGGAAAUCAUAGAAUACGUGCCCAGUUUAGUGAGUGAAAUUUCAGCUUCUUGAAAAAAAAUUGUAACUGGUUGGUUUUCAUAAAAUAUGACCUUAUAAAUGUUAACAUACCAGUACUAGGCUUAAAAACCCAGCAAUACUGUUUCUCAGCUCUAAUUUGAUUCAGUUAAAUGUUAUUUAACUAAGUUAACCAUCACAAGCUUAGCAGUCAAGCAGUUAAUGAGAUUAGCGGGCAAGCGGUACACAAGCAUAGAGGUCAAGCAGUUCAUGAGCUUAGCGGUUAAGCAGACAACAAGCUUAGAGAUCAAGCAGUCCACACACUUAGCGGUAAAGCGGUCCACCAGCUUAGUGGGCAUUCAGCGGUCAAUCCCAUAAGUGCAGGCUCACUUGGUACGUGGUAGCUUUGUACACUGCUGGAUCUUUGAGUUCUUCGUUGAGCGUUUGUGCAGCAGUCUGUGGAGCAUCUUCUCCCCCUCCAACCCCUUAUUUUUCUUCCUUCCACUGUUUCAUCAGUGAGAUGGGUGCCUGGAAUGGGGGCUCAUGGCUUUGUUGUGGGGAUUUGCCAGCCAUGGGGGCAGUAUUCUAUCUAGGUGAUGGCUGGCCACAGUGGAAACCCCUGGGUAUCCCAGGCACCUACCUUCCACUUAUAUGAGGCAGUUGGUUAACAGCAUUUGCACAUUUAGUAAAUGGUUAAUUUUUGUAUUUCAGGGAGGGACUCAUGUUAAUUAUGUAACAGAUCAAAUUGUGGAGAAGCUCAUGAUUGCAGUGAAGAGGAAGAACAAAGGUGGCAUUGAAGUAAAGCCAUUUCAAAUAAAGAAUCACCUGUGGGUUUUCAUCAACUGUCUUAUUGAAAACCCCUCAUUUGAUUCCCAAACUAAAGAAAACAUGACGUUACGGGCCAAGGCUUUUGGAUCCACCUGUGAUUUCAGUGACAAGUUUAUUAAACAGGUUUGAAAGUUUGUUACAUGUAAUGUAAAACCUGUAUUAAUUAAAGGAGCACUCUUUAUUACCCUUGCAACUGUUCACCCUAUAAAGGCAUGUGUCUGCUUAAUACAGGUUCAGUUUAAAGGAGGUAAAAAAAGUUCAAUACUGACACAUGCCAAUUUGCAAUAAUACUGCAAUAAAAAAUAAGAGUCAUAUACUCUAGCAUAGGGUUUUACAUUACCAGAGGUAUUUUAUAUUGUAACAACUAGUAGAAGUAAUCUAAAUGAAUAAAUGAAUAGAAUACCACUACUUGCUUGCUGAUCACUGCUUAUUUGUUUGAUACUACAGUAGUAGAACCUCUAUAACUUGCACUCGGAUAACUCGAAUUCUGCACUAACUCAAAGUAAAUUAUUUUGUUUUGACUUUAUCAAAAUUUCGCUGAAAUUUACCCAGGUAACUGGAAUUCCCCGCCAACUCAAACUGUUUUUUGUCUCCCUUCAGUGUUCACAUUGCGGGUUGCUACUGUACAUGUAUUUUUUUAAUGUACUAAUGAAAUAGUACUUUAAGUGCUUUAGCCACAUGUAAUGAGAGUUACCUGCACUGUAUAUACAGGGCUGUGCUGUUGCUCUGCCCGGUGUCCCCUGGUGACUUACCUCUUCCCCUUUGCAAAAGAAAUCAUACACUGGCCACCCUGAAUUUCUCAGGUUCAGAGCACUGGGGUCCUUCAAAUGUUCUUAGAGCACAGGCUGCCUUGAUAUAAAUAAUAUUGUCAGACAAAUUAAACCUCAGAAAAGUCAUGCUUUCAUUGUAUCAUUCAUCUAAAAUAUUUCCCUCUUGGCAGGUGACUCAGUGUGGUGUUGUUGAACACAUCAUGAACUGGGUGAAGUUCAAAGCACAGGUACAGUACUAAAUACAUUAUCUAACUGUAACUUCCGGAAUGAAAUUUUCUAUGAUAUAAGAAUUAUGGUCCAAUUAUUGUUUAUUCCAGAGUCAACUCAACAAGAAAUGUCAGAAAACCAAGUCCAGCAAAAUUCGUGGAAUUCCUAAACUUGACGAUGCCAAUGAAGCAGGUGGACGGAACUCAAAGCAAUGUACACUCAUCUUAACAGAAGGAGAUUCAGCCAAGACAUUGGCUGUGAGUGGCUUGAGUGUGGUUGGCAAAGACCAUUAUGGAGUGUUUCCACUACGUGGCAAACUGUUAAACGUACGAGAUGCUUCACACAAGCAGGUACACCUACAUUGUAUGAUAUAUAAGUAUGACCUGAUACAGGCUUGAUAUCUGAGUUCUGGAAGUAAAAAAUGGCAAGUGUUUCAUGACGGGGAGGAAGUGUGUUAUAAUCCACACUUUGUCAGACUACCCUGUAUUUAACAUACUUGUUGGCAUAAAAAAAGUGUAGUAGUUAAAUAGGUAAAAAAGAAGGGAUCAUGACUGUGGCCAGCACUUUGGUUGAUGGUUAUCUUAUAGUUUUUUCUGCCCUCUAAUGCUGACUGUUUUUAGACUUCUAAAAAAGUCACAAUGGCUGCCCUUUGAUUGGGACAUACAGGCACGUGUUGAAGUAAUUAGACUGUAUUCUUCUGUAGCAAUUGGAGUUGUCAUGGCACAAGUACUUUUUAAUGGUCCUUAUAUAUUAGAACCAUAUUUACUCGAACAAAAUUUUAAAAAAAUGCUGUCUUGGAAUAAAUGCUGAACCCAAUCAAAAAACGUAGUGUUUAUCAAGGAUGAUAAGAAAAAAAUAGGUACAUUGGUAAUCUACACAAAUGAGGUAGAAAUAUGAUUCUAUCUCAGCAAAUAGUGAGAAUAAUUAAUUUUAGUUGUUGUCAGUGAUUCAAGAAUAAAAUUGUGAUUUUAAGGUAAACACUGCCCUUGAAAAUAUACUGCCUUUGAGUAAAUGCCUCCUUGGUAAUGCAAUAUAGAGUAUUACCAAAGCAGAAGUUGUUGUAUAGAGGGUGCAUAACUGCCAAAUUUUAGCCUAACAGGUUGUUAAAAACUAGGUUCUUAGUCAUGGGUUUUAACUGUACAUGAUUGCAGAUUCUUGACAAUGCAGAGAUCAACAACCUUAUCAAGAUUCUUGGUCUCCAAUAUAACAAGAAGUACUCAUCAGAGGAUGAUUUAAAGAGUUUGAGAUAUGGACAUGUUAUGAUUAUGACUGAUCAGGAUCAAGAUGGAUCUCACAUCAAGGGACUUCUCAUCAAUUUCAUUCACAGCAAUUGGCCACAGUUGACUCGUUUGCCCUUCUUAGAGGAGUUCAUUACUCCAAUUGUUAAGGUCAGUGUCGACUUUCCUUUAUUUUGAUUUUGGUUACUAUUCUCAAACAAUGGAAAGUUAUUAAAAAGCAGUGAUCAUGAAUGAAGCUAUUUUACAAUGUAAUUUACCCGACUGCAUCAAUGUUCACUGUUAAAAUGACACAGGGUUCUCCAGAAGCCCUGGUGUCAGUUGAAAAUCACUAUCUAGUCUUCACAGAAGGAGUGGCUACUCCCUGGCUUCUUUUUAAAGGAAAUUAAUAAAUCUGUUGUCUUAUUAGGGGAGGAGAGGGAGGAGAAGGAGAAGGGGGCCUGAUACCCUUUUCAUACCUGCCCCCACAUGCAAGUGCCUUUCGAUCUAAUCUACAUGGUGUAUUGCUGCCUACUUCGAUGUUUUCUCUUUCCUCUUGAAAUUUUGUGGACAACACUGAUGAGAUGAUAUUAAUUUAGCCUCCCCCCAGUAUACUGUGUGGUCAGCCUGUUUGAUCCCUGGACAUCAACCCUUUGUAGUUGACCUCUGAUGCCUGUGCCAGUUGUGUCAAUCUUUAACGCUUUGAAGGAUACUAUUUCUCUCUUGAACUUAAUGAUGUAUAUACUGCCUUGUGUGUGAGUACAUGUGGCUCUUGGUUGGAUUAUUCAUGGACCUUACAUGUAACGUAAGCCCGGAUCAUUUUACGUAUCUGGGUAACUGACUACCCACCCCUCCCCUAAACCAACAUUAACACUUACUUCUCACUUAGGGCAAAAUGUUGAUUUAGGGAAGGGGUAGGUGGGCAGUUUCCCAGAAACGUAUAAUGAUCCUUAAGCCGUAGGGCUUACAGUGUACAUGUGCAUGUAAGUGACCUUUUCAUCACACCAAAAUGGUAAGGAAAUCAUUUUGGUUUUACUUAAAUUGUUUACAAUGUUUUUUUUUUCUUCUUUUCAUUAAAGGUAAGCAAAGGCAAAGAAGAGUUAUCCUUCUACAGUAUUCCUGAAUAUGAAGAAUGGAAAAGCAGCACAGAGAAUGUCAAGUCUUGGAAAGUAAAGUACUAUAAGGGGUUGGGUACGAGCACCCCUAAAGAGGCAAAGGAAUACUUUGCUGAUAUGCAUCGUCACCAGAUUCAGUUCCAUCAUGAGGGUGCUGCUUGUGAUGAAGCCAUACUUAUGGUAUGUAUAAUGUCAUUUCUGCAAUUUAGCCUCUCUUAUAUUAUACUCUUGUGGCAUUAUUAUAAUAAAAUGUUCUUUAUUUGUUCUUCAGUGUUGAUUAUGGAGAUCUGAGCUUAAAUUUGUAUGUGCAUUUUUAUCUUUGCCACUUAACUUGCAAUGUAAUAUUGCAAAAAACACUUCACUAACCCAUACGGGACAUAAAGUGUUGUCAAAAGAAACUUUAAUGUUUUUCUCUAACCCUACUGCUUUUGAUAUAUUUGUCAACAGUAAUUACCAUGUUGUGAUUUCAAGUGACUCAAAGUACAUGUAUGUCUUUGCUAUUAUUGUUCCCUUUCCAAAAGGCAUUCAGUAAGAAAAAAGUAAAUGACAGGAAAGACUGGCUUACACGUGCCAUGGAUGACCGCAAAUGGAGAAGGCAGCAAGGUCUUUCAGAGGUGAGUUAUGUAAGGAGAAACACUGUAGAUGGCAAUCAUUGACAAAGAGCUAAAUGAGCACCUGCGUUAUAUAAGCGCUUUUGAUCAUAUUUACAUGGAAAAGGCACGAUAUAAAUUUUUGAUUAUUUUUAUUAUUAUUAUUAUUAUUAUUAUUAUUUGUGAUAAUUUCCAAAGUUGUAGGGAUGUUUGAGUUUUCUGAAGAUCUCACUUCAAAACUGUAUUAUGACUUUUCAUUUUUUUUUCAGGUUUACUUGUAUGAGAAGGACACAAAGUCAGUUUCAUACUCUGAUUUUGUCAACAAGGAACUUAUUUUGUUUUCAAAUGCUGACAAUGAACGAUCAAUUCCAUGCUUGGUUGAUGGUAAGCUAUGGUUCCUGGUACCUCACCUCUGAUGGCCUGUGAACAAUCAAUACUUUGAUUAACAUUACUAUCCACCAGUGAAGUUAGUCUAGCUAUUUCUAGUCAAUAUCUGGCCAAAAAAACUAAAAUUACCCAAAUGUUGUUUACAAGUUGAGCACCUAAAUUACAGUUGAAGUUCAGACAUGCACAGAAGGUAAAAUCCUACUUCCCCCUUGACCUUUCCCUUCUGCUUUCUCUCCUCCUUGCUCCUGUUAUUUUACUACUUUCUCCCUUUUUUUUCUUUUGCUGGGCAUCCUAUACUAGGCUUUAUUUCAUUGGGGAAAGUUUUGGGUACAAAGGAUGUGGUUCCACACAGGCAGUAAUGGGCAGCUGGAGGUGUGAAUAAAUGAUUAAUCUUGUUUCAUCUUUUUUUAAAUCAUUAUUUCAGGUAUGAAACCAGGACAGAGAAAGGUUCUUUUUACUUGCUUCAAGAGGAACGACAAACGAGAGGUUAAAGUAGCCCAGCUUGCAGGAUCAGUGGCUGAAUUGUCUGCCUAUCACCAUGGUGAGGUGAGUGAUCAACUCUUCUUUUCCUUGUUCCAUCAGAACAAAACAUUUUUCACUUCCUUUGGCUCCAAGCCAGGCCAGUUUAAAUCUUUGUGGAUCUUUCUGUUACCUGUAAUAAUCCACUGGUUGUGAGAUGGCAGUGUGGAAAGUACCGUAAAAUUCCGAAAAUAAGCCCCUCAAAAUAUAAGCCCCCCAAACUCGUAACGCAAAAAACCCUUCGCCCCUCCAAAUAUAAGCGCCGGGGGCUUGUACUUGGAAGUUGCCCUCAAAUACAAAGUAAAACAAAGCAAAAACGGUACAUUUCCUUCCAACUAUAAGGCUAGCCCAAUCGAUUUUGAAACGCAAGUUUCCCUCCAUACAUAAGCCCCUCCAAAUAUAAGCCCAUCAAAAAGGCCUUUAAAAAAUAUACGUCCCGGGGCUUCUUUUCGGAAUUUUACGGUAUUGUCCGAUACCUCGGGACCACUGGAUUUUGUGCGUUUUUUCUUAAGUUGCCCAACAAGCACGUGAUGUUUUUCAGGGAAUUCAAAUCACAGAAGAAUCGUAGUCAAACCUGGUCAUCAAAAAUUGUUUUUCGUAUUAGUUGAAAUGACUUUUGGACUAUUACAUGCUACAUGUAGCUACAGCUUGCCCAAAAGGCAAGCUGCAAAACUCCCUUUCUUUGCACCCUGGGUAGGGUAUGAAAAUUAAGCUUCACCACAAUGCUCUUUCAGAGACGAGAACAAGAAGAUUCUGUCUUGUGCUUAACGGGAUUCUUAUACAAGUUUAGGUCAUGGGAAUCCAGGAAAGGCAUAGAAUUCCAUUUUUCUUUGUCACUUUGUUCCUCACUAGCGACGCAAGCAUACGCAUAAGCCUUUAAACAUGGUCCUGAUUAGCGACUUAAGCAUGUACCGUAAGCACGAGCAUUAGUUAGUAAGGAUGGCCUUGACAUAGCAUAACCAUAAACACAAUUGAAUAUCAAAACCGUCCUCACUACCACAUAAAGUUCUUAUGCUCAUUCUUUUGCUCAUGCUUGCAUUAUGUUUAUUCUUAUGCUUAUGCUUGUAUCACUAAUGAGGACUGGGCUUAACUGUGCAUCUUUUCAGAUUGCCGAUUUACCCUUUUCUGGAAGCCCGUGGAAAAAGCAUAGAAUUCUAGGACACACUAAACAUACAAAGCCUAAUAGAAUGUUGAACACUCAAUCAAAUACGGUCAAAUUUUUUGGUUGAAGAGGUUAUUCGAAUAGGCUACAUUGCACAAAGGCGUUUGUCAUGUCUCUAUAACUGAAAGAUGAAGGGUGCCUGACAAAAAGGGGACUUCUGAUAAACAUUUUGGCUCGUCUGUCGCGUAGUUGGUUUGUUUGGACUCCGGGACGUAAACAAAUUAACUACACGACAGAUAAGCCACGCGAACGACUUUUUAAACGCUAAAAGCCAUUCAAGAGAGAAACCUCUGCACGCAGGGUAUAGUCACCCUGGAAGAGUGAUACAAGGGUCAAACUAAUUUUCCGUGUUAAUUCUCGGCAGACAAGUCUUAUGGGCACCAUCGUCAACUUAGCUCAGAAUUUUGUGGGUAGCAAUAACGUCAACCUGCUGCAACCCAUCGGCCAGUUUGGUACCCGCAUCCAUGGUGGCAAGGAUGCUGCUAGCCCUCGUUACAUCUUUACCAUGCUAAGCCCUUUAGCCAAGCUCCUGUUUUCCACACACGACAUGCCCAACCUGACUUACCUGUACGACGACAACCAGCCGGUUGAACCAGAAUGGUACUGUCCCAUACUACCCACAGUGCUUGUGAAUGGUGCCGAGGGGAUUGGCACUGGUUACAGUACAAAAGUGCCAAACUUUGAUGUGCGGGAGAUUAUUGACAAUCUAAAGAAAAUGAUCAAUGGCGAAGAUCCAGAGGAGAUGGUAAGGCUAAUUAUAAUUGCUUAAUAUACUGUACUGGAACUAAGAAACUAAAAAAAUGCAUUUUUAUGGAAAAUAUCUAAGUUUGCCGUAUUUUUGGUUGUCGCUUCUCUCAGCCGUAAAGUCUCGUUUCUCGGCCUGUGAGACAAAAGGCUAAGCAAUAGUAUUAUUAGAUAAUAAAUUUUAUUAAAAACUGAAUCUUUGGAUAAUGCAAUUCUAGAGCUCUGAUUGGCUUAGCCAUCAUGGUAUAUGAGCCUUUAUACCAUGCUCUCCAAUUAUAGUAACUGUACGCGUCUGCUCAGAAUUAAAAACAAGCUGAAAAUCGGUUGUUUUUACAAAUAAAGUCUGGAAGAAUUCUCGAUAUUUUGUGGGCGUUUUUAAUAAAGCAAUUAUUCCACUCGCGAUUGUUGGAUAUGAGAUGAUUAUAGCCAACUCGGCGCUACACGCCUCGUUGGCUCUGUACCAUCUCGUAUCCAACGCCACUCGCGGAAUAAUAGUUAAAUUUUCGUUGCAAACUAAACGACACCUAAAAUUAUGAGAGUGAAGUUUCCUCAGUAAGUGACACAGGCGACUGUAAAAGAACAAAUGCGUGUACUGACUACUCCCAAUAUGAUUGGCGCUUACUGACCACCCUCUUGGUAGUGGUCGGUCCAGAUGCUCAGCUCUAACAGGAGACUCACUGGAGCGGCUGAGGCCAUUAAAGGGCCUAUCUCACGAGUAUAGAGCGGUUUUCAUUUGAGUGUCGAAAAGUAAUUGGUUUUGCACUUUCUACACGAUGCGAUUGGCUUAAAAGAUUCGCGCCACCUUUUCAUCCAAUCAGAAGUAAAACCAAAGCCAAUUGUGACGUCGCGCUUUGCGUCAGCCACAUGUAAUUACUUCGAGUUUUGAUUGGUUCAAUGUAUUGUCUGUGUCCUAUGUGAUUGGCCACAGUAAUUACUUUGGUUUUGGUUUUACGACACUCAAACGAAAACCACUCUAAAAUUGCUGUUCUAGGUCAUUUCUGUGCUGAAGUCAUUUUUCGGUGUCCUUGACCCCUACACUGAAUGCUCCUGUAGAGUUAUGAAGAAUAUUUUCAAACAAAUUUCAUCAGGGAACACUAGCCAUAUUUAUUUUUGGGUUAUUUUUGCAGGCAUGGCUUAAAACUUUAAAAAAAAAAGUGGCCCAAUUUUUUUUAUUUUUGAAUUCAGUUGAUGCGAAAACACCCCCUUAACUAGGUUCAUGUUAAAAAUAUCCUGUAUAUUGUUAAGAUCGGAUUAUUUGAAGGUGAUGUGUACGCAGUUUUAAUUUAUAUCGAACAUUGCUCAUCCGUUUCAGGCUCCAUCUUACAAGAACUUUAUUGGCACCAUCACUCAACUCGAUUCCCAGAAAUACCUUGUCCGUGGAAAUGUGGAGGUUGUUGACACCAAAACUGUAGAAAUUACUGAGCUGCCCGUGGGAACCUGGACACAAGCUUACAAAGAGAAUGUGUUGGAGCCAAUGCUGCACGGAACAGAAAAAGUGCCUCCUGUUAUAACGUAAGAUACUCAUAAACAGACUACACUAUUAGAAUCACUUUACAAUCAAGCCAGGUCAAGCGUACCCCCAAGAUAGCUUUAAUGAAUCGAUUAUUCGAAAAAUAAAUCCAUGAGCUAGCAAAAAUUCCGGUUUGAAAUUCCGGAAAUGUUACGUGUCCAAUGGAACGGUACAUUCCGGUUGCUCAAACCCGACGCAAGCUACCGCGCGUUUGGUUAUUGUUCUUGUAAACAGGAUACAAAAGAGCGGUACUGGAGACAACAAUUUUGUCAAAUGGAAAGGGACAUUUCUGUCCGACCGACCGAAAGUGGACCACCUUUAAAGGUGGUCUCGAAUAUUCUGGUCGGACCAAACCGAAAUGGCCCUUUCCAUUUGAUGUACCAAAAAUUCCCGAGCACUGAGGGGGUACGUUUGACCUGGCUUGACGGUAAUAAUUUAUAGAUGUCAGGUGCUUUUAUGAUCUUGGAAUUAUGUGUGUACUGCUGUAUCCCCUCGUUACAGCAGUCUUUAGGUUGUGUGGAAGUAGGAAUUCGCAAGAAGUUAGAUGCAUUUGUACAGUAAGAGUCUUUGCACGGAUUAUGGUAAAGCGAUUACGUAAAACCAAAAAAGUGUCAUUGGUAGGGUUUGUGCCCUCGUGGAAAAGCCUGGAAAGUCAUAGGAAAUAUAUGUCCUGGUACAAAAUCACCAAUUCAAUGUGCUCUUUAAGCUUCAACGUCAGAAAUUUUUUAAAUCAAGUAUGACAUUGACCCAAAAAAAGCAGCUGGUCUUAAAAGCUGAAAAAAGUACGAAGAUUGUGGCGAAAACGUUACUCUUAAUGUGAUAUGGCGGGUAUUUUCUAUUAUUUUUUUUCUUUGUUUGUUUUUUUUCAUAACUUUAUCGCCAUUAUCUUACCUCACUCAGUUUUUCCAAUGAAGCCAAACUCCCCUGGAAUAUUGAAUUAUUACCCAUGUAGAUCCCUAUCUAAGAGAAAGAAAAUUUGGACGUCUUGCAGUUACAACCUCUAUUAAACGUCGUUCCACGGGAUUUCCCGCGUUGGUCCCGCAAGUAAAGGCUCACUUGUUAGUCAUAUAAUAAAUACUUUAUUGAUCAUAUUUGUUCGUUCAAGAUGGCUGAAUAUUCGCCUCGUUCUUUUUUGCGUUUAAUAAAAUCGCAAAUAAGAACUUGGUCAAUAUUCAGCUAAUUUGACCUCACGCUUGGUCAAAAACGCAUAUUGAUUGGCUGAGAACGUGAAAAGAGAUUUUUUUCAGCCAGUCAUAACUCUUCACCAGCAAACCAUUCUUAGACAAGAUUCCUUUCGUUACCUAUGUUUUAGUGAUUACAAGGAUUACUACACAGACACAUCUGUGAAGUUUAUAAUCAGCAUGACAGAGGACAAGCUCGCUGAGGCUGAACAGUCAGGACUGCACAAGAAGUUUAAACUUGAAAGCACCAUUUCCACUAGCAACAUGGUAAGGUUUCUAGGCGAGACAAGGAGUUUUGACAAUUAUAGUGUUUGAAAAAGAGCCGAGGUUGACAGUCUGUUCUUAAGGUAAAAUACUCAAUAUGAAAAACAAGAUUCAUUGCCAACAAAAUAGCUCUCAGAAUAGUGCAAAGUACAUGUAUAUGCAGAGUGUUUUAUUUCAACUCUUAGAAAAACACAGAUUCCAACAAGCUUAAACAUUGCCAACUAAACAUGUCUUUCUCACGAAAUUUUCGCGAGUUGUGUAUUUCUUUUUUCAGUUUUUUGUUUUUGUUUGUUUGUCUUUUUUUUUUUUCAAAAUCGCGAAGUUUAAAAUUUAAGAGACUUUGUACAAACUCAAGGUAGUUGCUUACAAUCUAGAUGUUCACUUUGUUAAAUUCUCUAAUUUGGUUAACUUUGUUAUAGCAUGAUUAUGCCCAAAUACCCUAUUGGUACUUAAUGUCGCGGCUACUUCAUUUCGCGAUUUUUGCGAGACAGUAUUUCGCAGGGUAUUAUUUUCGCGAUUCAAAUUGGAAGAUAUGAAAAAAAAAGCAUUAAAAUUCGCGAUUCAAGCGUUCUCAACUUCACUGAAGUUUUGAAAAGUUCAAGAUACACUGGAACAAGCAAAACGCAUAUGUACUUUUUUUUACGAAUCUAGCGAUUCAGUUAAAAGAUGGCUAGAUAAUUUCUCUUCUCUACUCUAUUUGUGAAAUCUUUGCAAAUCAACGUUACUUCACAGUAGAAGGUAUAACAAAAUUUAAUUUACCCGUAAAAUCAUGAUUUGUCGAUACAUAUACUGUAUAUAUUCUUGUUUUUACAGUAUUGACCUUUUUUUUUUCCGCCCUGAUUUGAAUUUUCUAUUUUGAUAUUAAAUUUCGCGAGGAGUUUUAUUCGCGGGCCUUUAAUUUCACGAUUUUUUUACAGUCGCGAAAAGAGCGAAUUUUAAGACCCGGGAAAUUAUGUACCAAAAAGGUAGUAAGAAUUUAAAUCUUCCUAACGAACUUAAAUUAUUUUAGGUACUAUUUGAUUCCAUGGGCUGCCUUCGUAAGUUCGAUUCACCGCUGGACAUUCUGAAGGAAUUUUUUGAGCUUCGUCUGGAGAGAUAUGUCAUUCGGAAAGCGUGGCUUGAAGGAAUGCUGGCAGCGGAAUCAGAAAAAUUGAACAGUCAAGCUCGGUUCAUUUUGGAAAAAAUCGAGGGCCAUAUCAUCAUUGGUGAGAGAAGAACCCAACAUCUUCAUUAAUGACAUUAUUUAUCUAUUGUUGUUGGAUGCUUAGCACGUAGCAACCGUAUAGUCUUCUCUGCCAUUUGAUGUGCGUUGCUUUAUUCUCUUUAUUUCUGUGUCCAGCCACGUGGAGCUUAUUAAAGGCGUCGUCAGUAUGGGCCAAUUUCUGUUGUGACUUGUCUUGCAAUUUUUGCCUAGGAAUAAGUGUUACAGCGAACACCCUGGCCUGGAAAUAAAAAAAGCUCGCCAAGACGUUUUCGUAGCCGAACGCGUUAUGCAAAGUAGAAUCACGGAUGCCACGACCAUCACUGCCAUUACUAAAUAGGUUGAGACAUAUUUAUUUCUAGGGAUAUUUCUCCAAGACAACUCCUAAAAAUAGUCUUGUAACAGCGCACGGCGCAGUAGAAAUAUUGUCUUCCACGUUUUUUUUCCCGAUUGUUCCAAGUCGCCCAGAUACUUUAAAGGACGGAGAUUAGGUUGGAGCUGAAGGGAGGGGACCGCGUUAAGAAAGAGACGGUACAAUUUAUCACCUUGCCGUUCCCGUUCUCAAGUAAACUUAAAAUUUGGUCUGUCAUUUCACGUCCUGGUCGUGCAGUGAUGGUAAGGAAAUUUGCAAAAAAGAGUGAUGCACGUGCAGAGUUGUUGUUUCGCUUGUUAAACCCAUUGCCUUCUCUGACGUUCCCGUCGCCGUCACCGUCGUAGUUUCGUAAGGUCCAGGGCUUUCUUUAAGGUUUUAAGUAGCUGGAGUUUUUUGAAAAGUAGAUGUUUGUGGGUCUGGAGGAGCCAUAUGAUGGGUUAAAGCCCAUCAUUUCUAGGGGGUCCGGGGGCCUGCUCCCCCGGAAAAUUUUUGAAAACUGAACGCUGGGAAACGCAUCCUGGCAUUUUGGGCCUUGAAACUUUGACAUCAGAGAGAUAAAUUAAGCUGCAAUUAUACCGUGAAAAUCAUAUUACUGAAAGAAAGACAAAGCGAAAUUUCAAUAAUACAACCGCGCAAAGAAAUAGUGGAAUGAUAUUUUUUUGUAUCUUUAUGGUGGUUUUGCUGGAGCUAACGAUAGGCACUGCAAAUUUAUAUUUUUAGAGCGGAUACACAUCAUCUCGUCACCAUAUCUUGACUCUUGAAGUAAUUAUGAAAGUAGCCGGCGAACUUCGCCGGCUACCGGCUCUUAUAUACAGAAGUCCUUUAUGCCCGGUGAAACAACGCUUAUAUCUUGUUUGUUGCAAUACAGAAAACAGAGCUAAGCGUGAUGUCAUCACUACCCUUGUUCAGCGUGGCUAUCCAUCAGAUCCAGUCAAAGCGUGGAAAGACAUUCAGAAGUCAAGUACCGCCGCGGAGGCAGACGACGAUACCAGUGAUGACUCUUCUAGCGUGGCGAGUUCUGCUUCUGGCGCAGGCGGUCCUGACUUUAAUUAUUUAUUGUCCAUGUCACUGCUGUCGCUUUCCAGAGAGAAGAAAGAAGAACUGUUGAAAGAAAGAGAUAACAAGGUUUGUUUAAGAGCUUAUAAUUCCCUCACAGUCUGCCCUCCACAGAUAGAGGGUUCAUUUUUGUUUCGGUUGUGUCGAUUUGGGCGUUCGGGUAAUUUCUAUUGCAGUUCUUAACUUUGCUGUCAGAAUUGGAAAUAUUUUCAUUUUAUUAGUGUCAUCAUCAUCAUCAUUUAUAUUAUUAUUAAAACGUGACAUGAUAUUUCACAAGUAUUCUGACAUCUUUUAAUUCGUUUUUAACUCAUGUCUCUGAUAUCCACGUUGUUAUUGCAUAGGCGGAAGAGCUAGAGGUUUUGCGCGGCAAGUCACCUCAAAUGCUUUGGCUUGAAGACCUUGAUCAAUUCGUGGAUGAGCUUGAGGUUUGUAACCUGUGUUAACGCAACCUUUUUGAACCAUUUACAACCACUACUGCUUUUGAAAUAUAAUUUUGUGUUUGUUAUCUGUGUGUCUAUUUAAAGCGAGUUGAGCAGCAAGAAAGAGACGAUGAAGAAAUGUGCGUGAAACCCAAAGGUGGACGUUCAGCGCAGCAGAAAAAGAAACCUUCAAAGCAAGCAAAGAAAACAGACAGCAAGCCAAAGGCGGAGCCAAAGAAGCCGGUUGUCGUCGCCGAGAACAAAGAAAGUAAGAAAGCCCAGGCCAAGGUUGGGAAAGGAAAGAAAACAGACGCGAAAACAUCAGAAAAGAGUGAUGACUCAUUCGAGUUUGACGAGGGCGAGACGGCAGCUCCUAUGUCUUUGGCAGCUAGACUGGCGAAGCGUCAGAAACCUCUCAGUUCAUCGUCAUCUUCGUCUGCAACAGAAUCAAGUUCUAAAGCCAAGAAGCAGGCAACUUUAGAGAGGUUCGGCAGUAAGAAGGCUCCUAAAAAAAGAGCACAAAAGGCAGCGGACGACAGUGAUGAUGAUUUGAUCAUGGAAUUUAGUGAGGAGGACGAGGAAGAAAUCUCUGCACCUGCCGUGAAGAGAACAGCUCGAGCAGCCGCUGCAAAAAAAGUGAGUAAUUAAUACGAUUGCUUUUUACAAAACCCGAGCUUUUUAAGAUGACACUUUCGUUUUCCCUGGUCCUGAUGCCUGUUACAUUGUUUUUAGGCCUUCUCAGCAAGCUCCGAUGAAGACGAUGAUGUCAUAUCGGUUGCCUCGUCUAAAAGUUCAACGAAACCAAGCGCGGAUAGCGCGAACAGCGACGCAGAAUCCGACAAAAGUGAUGUACGGGCUACACGGGCUUUGAUCGAGAAGCUAUCACCUGCAAAACCUUCAAAGCCCACCCAAAAGGUCAGACCUAUUCAUUAAAUAAUUGACUUAGAUCAUAGUUAAUGGAGUGGAUUUUUUAUGAAGCCCGUCAGAUUCCUAUGUUAUAUGUUUUUGUGGUCCUGACAGUGCACAACGUCUAGUGGCAUUCCUAUUACAUGUGGAGUUGAAAUUUGGAGUGUUUGGUAUUGAGGAGAGGAAACCGAAGUACCUUGAGAAAAAACUCUCAGAAGAGAACUAAUAAGUUUGCUUACCUCUGCCUUUCGUUUUCUUCCGGUAGUUGUAAAAGCAUGACACGCCCUUGAUAUUUUUGUUUUGUCUGACUAAGCAGAAUAGCUGGACGUGUGUCCUUUCAAGAAAUAUAAAAUUUAUUAUUUGCAGCUCUGUUGUUUUCAUUCACACGUCUGAUUGUUAUCCAUUCCCCUAUUUCUAACUUUACAGGCAAAAGAAGCAACAAAGAAGCCGACUAAGGCCAAGGCUGCCGAAGCACCACCAACUAAAGAGGCAGCCAAGAAAGGAAAACGGGCGAAGGCGGCCGCGGUGAUCAGUAGUAGCGACGAAGAUUCCGAUUCAGUCUCCAAGAAACCAGCAGCCGUUAAGAAAACAAAGAUAUCCAAGGUACUGGUACCCAGACACCCUUUACUACAGUCCACGGCAAAUGGUUUAAUAGGGCUGUGUCACCAAAUUUAUCAAAAUUCAAACAUUAGAAACCGCCACCAAAUUGAGGGAAACAUAAAAUAACAGCUCAAAAAGUUAGAAGAAGGUAUAAGUGACACGGCUAUUACAGAAGGAAGAAGCACGGAUGGAUAAACUUGAAGAAGAUUGAAAUGGAUUGCAAUUGUGGUUUUGAAAACUUGUUCACCUAACAGUUUUUCAAAGUUCAUUUUUGUUGUUUGUAACGAGUGAUAUGAUGCUUUGGAGAUGAUUUUGUCGUUCGCAGGUAAUUUCUCAGGUUUCAUAGCGAAUAAGGACACGUAACUGGCAUUUUAAACAAAAAGAACUAGACAGCGUGACACAGCUCCUCGCACCAUUUUUUAGCUUCCCUCCCUCGGGCACUGUUUUAGCGGAUAGGCGUAAGGGUCACUGUUCAAUUUUUUAAAACUCCUUACCUCAAUUCAGGGUACACAAGCAGUGUUUUUUCAGAUGAGGCGCUGGCCAGCUGAGGGUUUACCAUUUAUUUAUUGAUUUAUUGCUGCCUCAGCUCAUUCUACAGACUGCUAAUUGUGGUUUUUUUUUCUCCGUUUUCUCAUUAUCACAGGUUCAGAAGUCUCCACCAAAAAAGUCCAAAACCAGCCGAGACAGCUCCUUCAGUGACGACGAACCGCUGGAAACUGCCGCUGUUCGAGCCCGCGCUCCACGCGCUGGAAGGGCCAAGGCAACAGUGAAAUACUUUGAUGACAGCGAUGACGACGUUGACGAUAAGGAAAAUGAUGACACUAAAGACUGGUCGAUUUCUGAUAGCGAUUUUGACGAAGAGUAGGGAAAGCGAUACUUCCGUUUUCGGCUUUGAUGAAACAGAAGCGUAUUGCUUACGUUAUGUUUGAUUCUGAAUUUAAGCAGCAACGUUUGCCAAGUUCAACUUGCACUCUAACAUGCAACUUUCGCCCGUUAUCCUUACGUUCUGUAUUGUAAGAUAACGCAGAAGACCUGCCACUUAUUGGUAUAUUAAGGCUCAUAAAUGGUAUAAUUUGGUAGGAUUCUUUCUGCAAUGUAAGAUGUUCGCCGGGAAAGGUAUGUCAGCAGUUUUCGUGCCCUUUGCACGGUUGUUCAUGAAACACGAUAUAUGUUAAGCUCCUCUAAAAACGGUUAUUACCGAAGGAGUAUAGAUCAUGUGCCCUUGUAUUAGAUUAGAACUGGUACAGAUUCUCGAAACUGUAAAUAGCACUUUGUUUUAACUACAGGCUUGUAUUGGAAUAUUCAUGUUGGGUUGUAUUCAGUAUAAUAAAACAGAGGCUGAAGAAAUGC